AUGUCAGGUGACCUCCUGGUCCUUCCUCCGGUGACCACACCCACUGGGAGAACACCUGUGAACAGCUCGGUGGGGGCGGUGCCUGAGCAUGGGUGGGCGGUGCCUGAGUUCACAGUGGCGGCGCAGUGUCGCGUGGUGGCCACACUGGUGCUGUGUGUGUUUGCCGCCCUCAGUAACACGUGUGUGCUGGUGAGCGUGUGGCGCACGCGUGGUCUGGCCUCUCACCUGCGUCCCCUGCUGCUCAGCCUGGCCGGGGCUCACCUAAUGGGGGCGCUAUUGGUCAUGCCCAUGGACGCGGCGUGGAACAUCACAGUGCAGUGGAGAGGGGGCGCUGUUCUGUGCAAACUCCUGUGUUUUCUGAAGCUGCUGUGCAUGCACGCGUCUGCACAUGUGGUCAUCGUCAUUAGCCUGGACCGGCAGCACGCUAUUCUGCGCCCUCUGCACGCGCUCAGUGCACACCAACGCAAUCGUCGCAUGCUCGCUGCCGCCUGGGUGCUCAGUGUGCUGCUAGCCACACCACAGUUGUUUCUCUUCAGGCUGAGUAAAGCGGUGGAUGUGGACUUUACGCAGUGUGCCACUCACGGCAGCUUUUCACACCGCUGGCAAGAGACACUCUACAACAUGUUCCACUUCAGCACGCUCUACGUCUGCCCCCUGGUGGUCAUGGUGUGGUGCUACAGCUGCAUCCUUCUGCACAUCCAGCGCCAGGCCACAGUCCACAAAGGUAAAUCUGGAGAGUGGAGCUUGCGUCGCUCAGGCACAGACAUGAUCCCUAAAGCGAGAAUGAAGACAGUGAAGAUGAGCGUGGUAAUCGUGUUGUCUUUUGUCCUCUGCUGGACCCCAUACUACCUGUUGGGCGUGUGGUACUGGUUCCAGCCCGGUGUCCUGGACUACACCCCGGAAUACGUCCACCACAGCCUCUUUGUCUUUGGGAACCUCAACUCCUGCCUGGACCCGCUCAUCUACGGUUUCUACUCCCCGUCCUUCAGGGCUGGACUGAGGCAGUGCUGCAGGGGCCGGCACCGUGCCGCCGGCCCCAGGAGCCUGAAUCAGAGCCCAGUGAACACCAAAGAGGUCCAGAGGGAGGAGCAGGAGAUGGACAGUAUGAGCCCAGAGCAGGGGACUUUGGAGUGAAGGACAACAUGAGGGAGUUUUCUUCUACCUGCUGUGAUGUACUAGUUCAACACUAGCAGACUAGCACAAAUUUAUCUUGCCUUAAAGCUGGGGUACCUGAGUAUGGCAGUUUGUUGUUUUACUGGCAUUGCCAUGUGUUCAGUCGACUUGAUUUUAAAAGCUCUGUAUUGUACUUGAUUUCAAACCCUGAGUCUGGAACAUAGCCCCUGUCUGACUGACUGUCUGAAUAGUCCAGAGUUAGGAAGGAGUUUGGAAAAGGAGCCUGCAUGCUUUCUGUCAGAGCAUCUUUAGUUUAAGGAACAUUGGGAGCUUCCAACCAGCUGUAAGUAGCUAUGAGACAUCCCACAAUCCACUGCUCAUGUUUUCUGAAGGUUUCCAAAUAUGGCCAAUUGCUGCAGAGUUUGUAAUGGGAAGCUACAGGUGAUGGUUCAUGUUUACAGAUCAGUUUGUGGGGUUUAUUGCAGACAUUUCUUAUUCAACAGAAGCAUCAUAUGUAAACACUGGUGUCAUUUAUGUACAGUGUUAGGCUGAAAUGCCAUUAAAACUAGAGCAGAGGAGGAGAAUGAGGAGCACUGAUUGUAGUCUGUUUUGUGGAUGUUGAAGUUUUUUUGUUUUGUUUUGUUUUGUUUUUUAUGAAACAGCGGUAGGGUCACAUGAUGUCUCUGUUGUUCCUGCUGCUGAUUAGGAUGGUCAUUCUCCAAACGUAGCUGAAUCUGCCUAGGACUCUUGUGAUUGACACGUGACAUAGCUCCAAUUUGCCAGAAGCUCCUGCUCAUGUUCUACAGGGCAGUCAUCUCCAGUGUCCCUUUUAGUGCUGUGGUCUGCUUGGGAGGAAGCCUCAAGAAGCCUCAAGAAUAAGCUGGCGAGGAGGGCUUGAUCUGUAGUGAGUGCAGAGCAUGAUUCACUCUCAUCUGUGGCUGAAAAGAAAGCCCUAAACAAGCUCCUGUCCAUCCUCCAGACCCUGCCUCUCUUCACCCCUCACUCUCUUUUGUCCUCCAGCUUUUGCCCCUCCUCCAGUCUUACUCUCCCCUUUAGUCCUCCAGAGAUGGAUAUAGGCAGACUUCAGAGUUAGUUCCACUUUAGGGCAGCCUGCAGACUCUGGGUUUGUGAUCAUUCAAAUGCUUCACUGGUGUUGGAUGCAGACUGCGCUUAUGUCGUCACAGAGUGCUGUUUUUAACAUAUUCUAUGAGGGAAACAUGCAUUUGUACUUUUGGUUCUAACAAAGCAGUUGGUUUCCCCAGCUUUAAUACAGCAUCACCAAUCACACUUUAUUUGGAAACCAUGUGAA